CCAGCGUCGCUGUGGGAGCGGCCGUGCCGCCGGCAGCAUGAGGAGCAGCUGGGCCGCUCCGACCAGCCCAUACAAAUGGAGAACCCCUAUAAAGAGCCUCCUAAAAAAUGUAUUUUAUGUGGAGUAAAUGUGGACUACAAGAACGUGCAGCUUCUUUCCCAGUUCAUUUCUCCGUAUACUGGCCGCAUUUAUGGCAGGCAUAUAACAGGCUUGUGCAACAAGAAGCAGAGGGAAAUUACAAAAGCCAUAAAGAGAGCUCAUGUAUUUGGGUUUAUGCCAGUUAUGUUUAAGAACCCGUCGUUUCUCACAGACCCCAAGAUAUGUAAUAUCAAGUAUCCAGAGUAA